AUGAUUGCGAAUAUUGGGCUGCUUCUGGCCUUUCUUGCCCUAACACUCGCGCAUCCUGGGCCCAUCCCCAGGCGUCCGUCAAUCCAUCCAGGCCCUGUUCAGCCAUACAAGGCAAUCCCACUCCAGACAGAGCGCAACCCGCACAAAAUCUGUCACGUCAAACCUGGUCAUAAAGGUAGCGAUGACGCGAGUAUCAUCCGCGACGCACUGCAGACGUGCAACAAUGGAGGAACUGUUGUCCUGGACAAGGAAUACACCAUCUGCACUCCACUUGACCUUCGUUUCUUGAAGCACGUCGAUAUUGCACUUACAGGUACCGUGGAAUUCUGUCCCGAUUUGGAUGCCUGGAGUCUGGAGAACCUCUUUCAGUUCCAUUUCCAGGAUGCGUCCUCGUGGUGGGUUUGGGGAGGAGAGGACAUCCACCUCUAUGGAGCCGGCACUGGUGUGAUCCAGGGCAAUGGACAGGUCUGGUAUGAUGCUCAUGCUGCCGACUCAAAUGUCAGCCGCCCGCUUCUGUUCAUCGCCGAUGGAUGGCAUGGUGGCUCCAUCACGGGUCUGAAGUUGCGACAUUCGCCUAAUUGGCACAACUUCAUCGCCAACAGCUCCGACAUCCUCAUCUCCGACAUGGACCUGUUCUCCCGGUCGUCGUCUGAGAAUGCUGCCAGCAAUCUCGACGGCUGGGGCACAUUCCGGUCCGACAACAUCGUCAUCCAGAACUCAGUGAUAAACCACGAUGACGACUGCGUCUCGUUCAAACCAAAUAGCACCAACGUCAUUGUCCAAGGCCUCCAUUGCAAUGGAUCCCACGGUAUCUCUGUCGGGUCUCUCGGCAACUACCCCUACCAAUACGACAUCGUCUCCGACCUGUACAUCUACAACAACACAAUGGCCAACACCACCACCGCAGCCCGGCUGAAGGUCUGGCCUGGUGCAGAAGCCGUAAAAAAAGGGGAUCCACCAUGGGUCGGCGGUGGUGGAAAGGGCUACGUGCGCAAUGUUACUUACGACACCAUGAUCAACGACAACAACGACCUCGCUAUCCAGAUCGAUCAGUGCUACGGGGCCAUCAAUGCCAGUGAAUGUCUGGACCACCCGUCGGGCGUGAUUCUUACGGACGUCCUUUUCAAAAACAUAUGGGGCACUAGCAAUGGCGUUGAAGAUCCUGUUACUGGACAGCUUAUUUGUGGCUCCGAAGAUUCUUGUGAUAAUAUUCGAGCCGAGAAUGUCACCCUGACCAACCCCAGUGGACAGCCUCCACAGUGGGAAUGUAGGUACAUGGAUGAGCAGCUGUUGGAUCUUGGUGGAGCUGGAUGUAUCGCAGCAUGA